GAAUUGCAGCUAUUCAUCCUUGCCCUCGGAACUGGGAUUCAGGAUGCCGUCGUCUAUCCUCAGUUUGGCUGCUUCGUGUCUAACCAGACCGGCAAUACGGUCGUCUUCGCCGUAGGCGCCCUAUCUCGCCGAGGAGCACAUCCGAUCGUGUCGUCAGUCUCGUUGCCCGCAACCGCAACCUCACUCGGUCUUUUCAUCGCUAGUCUUUUUAUUACAGGACAGCUCGCGAACUUUCUGGACGUGGUUCAGCGCAGAUGGUGGCUCUUCUCUACUAGCUUGUUUCAAUGUGCUGUGAUAGCCAUCGCCGCUGCCCUCUUGUAUCGGCUUCCAGGUGCGUCCCACGCUUCAAACGGCCUAAGUCUGCUCGUCAUCUCUCUGUUGGCCUUUUCUUCUGGGGCCCAAGUCGGCAUGGUGCGCGCCCUGAAGAUCACCGAUAUCACUACUGCCAUGGCCACUGCCGCAUGGAUUGACGUCCUCAUUGAUCCAAAAUGUUUUGCUCCGCUUACUCAAAACAGAGGACGUAACCGACGGGUAGGCUUUCUACUGAGUCUCGUGGUGGGAAGUUUCAUCGGUGCAGCUGCACACGCCGAGCUAGGGCCUGGGUUUGCCGUCAUCCUAAGCCUUCUCACCCGAUUGCUAGCAACUGGCACAUGUCUAGUGCUCCCAACAAGGAGCAUA